AGGGCUUUGUGUACAGCAGGGCAGAUAGGCUACUCGAUGGACAGUGUUGCUAGGGUGUCCUCAUAUUUUUGUAUUCUAUAAUAUCUUCACACUAUCAACACGAACAAUGCCGACGUAUUUGUCAUCUGUGCAAACACAACUUGCAUCGAUUAUGGACGUGCUUGCGAAAGCAGCCGUUGCAGAGAUUAGUCAGCUCAUCUCCGAGAGCUCAGCAGACCUUCGGUUGGAGAUCUCCCGCAGCAUAAAAGAAAACGAAGUCCUGAGGACGAGGAUGAAAGUAAUGAAGAGUGAGCUCUUUGCCCUACGCCUUCAAAAAACGAACGCAAAUCGGGCCGGUCGGUUCUCUUUUAGCAAAGCCCUUUGUAGACCACGUUCAAGACUGGCAGUCGUAGACAAAACAGACCGCCAUGGAAGAAGUAGUCCCAUUACAAUAACAGAGGAUGAGAGACAUCCGACCAUUCAUAAAAUCGAGUCUACAGAUGUGGAGAGCAGUAACUGUCCUGAUGUUAUCCUAAUCAAAGAAGAAGAUGGACCUGAGGUUAACUUCAGACAGCAUGCUGGCCCAGUCCCAAAACGAGGAGAUUGUGGCACAGUCGGUUGCCAUGGGAACGCCGGAGCUCAACCCCUCCUCCCUGAUGUUGGGUAACGAGGGGCCGUGUAUUAUCAGCGUCCACAGUGGAGGAGAUGUGGUCCAAGGGCCGACUUGGGCGGCCCCUGAGAACUCCUCUCCCUUCACACAACCCAAUCCACAGAGGUUCCCUAGUCUUGCACCCAUCCACACUGUCAACCACGGCUCCCAAUCGCAGCAAGGCCAUGAUGCUAGCAGAACCCAGAUGACAGGGAUGCAGGGCAGUGGGGAGGCUCAGAGGAGAGGAGGGGCCAGUGGGAAUGGAGACCAGGCUACUACCCUGGCAGCCUCAACAGAGAUGACCCCAACCUCAUCAAGCCUGGCCCGGUACGAGGGCUGGCGACAGGGUCUGGAUGUGAGAACAGCCCAGCCCCAGCCCCAUCAGUCACCCCUGGCAUGCAGUUUCUGCGAGAAGCGUUUUUACCGGCGCUCGGAUUUGGCGCGGCACCGUACUAUUCACACGGGGGAGAUUCCCAUCACGUGCCACCUGUGUGGGAAGCAGUUUGUCAACAAGACGACUCUGAACGUCCACAUGCGUAUCCACACAGGGGAGAAGCCCUUUGUGUGCUCGUUGUGUGGGAAGAGCUUCACCCAGAACGGCAGCCUGAAGAUCCACAUGAGGACACACUCUGGGGAAAAACCCUACGGCUGCUCCCACUGUGGGGCCAACUUCAACAACCCUAGCAACCUGCGCAGACACAUGGUCACACACACUGACGAGGGGAACAUGGCACUCUGAUCACUGCCAGCUCGCCACUUUCCAGCUCUUCCGUGUAGUUGCCUUUUAAUCGUCCUUUUCGAUAUCUCUGUCCUGGAUCAUGGGUUUUGGUGUAUGUCCAGGUAAUCAAUAUAAAAUGCCCUUAAACUAUAGCUUGGUGUUUUUUUCUUCAAUAAAAAUAGUUUAUUUUUCUUACCUUUUCACUUCAAUUUAGCAUUUGGCAAAAUCAUACAGGCUUGGCUCAGUGGUAGAGAAUUUGCAGAUCAAGAGAUUACAGGUUUAAAUCCCCCUAUGUUUCACUUUGGUAAGGAAUAAAUACAUUAUUACAUUAUUAAUAUUACUGUAUAUGUGAGAGCAUUGGGGGGACCAGUAAUUGUUUUUUAAAGGUUGUUCCUCUAGAGUGCAGUGUUGCCUCUCCUUCGUUGCUAUGUGGGUUAGGGUUACAAAUCUUGAACAUUGCGGGGGACUCUCCAGGAAAUUGGGGAAAUUCCUUGCAUUGUUCCUUGUUCCCCCAGCGCAAAAGGUUUCAUUCUAUUGUUUAUCUGGAUUACUCUCAUUUG